CAAAUCUGGACCCCUACCAUGGAUGCUGUAUGUACCCCGCUACCGGAGGGCAGGCACCGCUGUCCGAUCUUCGGCGAGCUUGUACAUAGCAACAAAGAAAAAAAAUAUUGUAUAGCGUAUAGUACCUACCCUAGGUACCCGGUAAGAGGCGUUAGAGCUUCCUGUGCCGGCCACGCUGUUGCCUCGCUUUCUUUGACCUCAAAGCUUGUACAUAUAUACAUUCGUACUUUCUCUCUCUGUCUCCUCUUCUCCCUCUUUUCCUAAGACAUAUAAGUAUUUAAACUCUCUCCCCGCAUUUAAAUUAUAGAAUUUUCCUCUAGUCGGCCAGCCGCUUUAUUCCUGUUCUCCCGUCGUGAUUUCUUCCUCUUCCUCACGUCGCCGUUAUCUUCUUUUUAGACAUACAUCUUUCCUUAUUCCCUCCCCCUACCCUCAUUCGAAAUUGAGCGGCGUGCGCACAUAUAAGAUCGACCUUGCUUCAAAGGCGGUCACGAGAUAGGAGAAAGAUACUCGUAGUAGUUCCAUAUCCGAAAGGAAGUACCCCCAAGAUGCCCGCUGCCGACGUUGCCCCACAGACCUUGUACGACAAGAUUCUAGCUGCGCAUAUCGUGGAUGAGAAGCUUGACGGCACGGUCCUGCUAUAUAUCGACCGACAUCUUGUCCAUGAAGUCACUUCACCGCAAGCAUUUGAAGGUUUAAAGAACGCAGGUCGUCAAGUACGAAGGCCCGAUUGCACCCUUGCCACGACAGAUCACAAUGUCCCCACCAAGUCCCGAAAAGGCAUUAAGGACAUUGCCACCUUUAUCGAACAAGACGAUUCCCGCUUACAAUGUACAACGCUGGAAGAGAAUGUAAAGGACUUUGGCAUUACCUACUUCGGCUUGGGUGACAAGCGUCAGGGUAUUGUCCAUGUUAUUGGUCCUGAGCAGGGUUUUACCCUCCCCGGCACCACUCUGGUCUGUGGUGACAGUCACACCUCCACGCAUGGCGCUUUCGGCUGCUUCGCCAUUGGUAUUGGUACCAGUGAAGUCGAGCACGUUUUAGCUACCCAAUGUCUUAUCACAAAGCGAAGCAAGAACAUGAGGAUACAAGUCAAUGGUGAACUGGCCCCUGGUGUUAGUUCCAAGGAUGUUGUUCUUCACGCCAUUGGCUUGGUCGGAACCGCCGGUGGUACCGGAUGUGUCAUUGAGUUCUGCGGUUCCGUCAUCCGCAGUCUAAGUAUGGAGGCUCGUAUGUCUAUCUGCAACAUGUCUAUUGAGGCUGGUGCCCGAGCCGGUAUGGUCGCUCCUGAUGAUAUCACCUUUGAGUACCUCAAGGGCAAGCCUCUCGCUCCUCGUUAUGGAACGCCACAAUGGGACCGCGCCGUCAAAUAUUGGAGGAGUCUCCAGUCCGACGCCGAUGCCAAGUAUGACAUUGACGUUCAAAUUGACGCCAAGGAUAUCAUCCCAACUGUUACCUGGGGUACUAGUCCCGAAGACGUUGUUCCCAUUACUGGAGUUGUUCCGGACCCCGAGACAUUCAAAACCGAGUCGAAAAAAAAGGCCGGCCGAAGGAUGCUUGAGUACAUGGGUCUCACAGCUGGCACCCCCAUGCAAGAAAUUGUCGUCGACAAGGUCUUUAUUGGUUCCUGCACAAACUCACGAAUUGAGGAUCUCCGAGCUGCCGCUCAGGUUGUCAAGGGAAGGAAAAAGGCUGAAAAUAUCAAGCGCGCUAUGAUUGUGCCUGGCUCCGGAGUAAUCAAAGACCAGGCCGAAGCUGAAGGGCUCGACAAAGUUUUCCUAGACGCUGGAUUUGAGUGGAGAGAAGCGGGAUGCAGUAUGUGUCUUGGCAUGAACCCGGAUAUCCUAUCACCCAAAGAGCGAUGCGCUAGCACGAGUAACCGAAACUUCGAGGGCAGACAAGGUGCCCAAGGUCGAACACAUCUGAUGUCCCCGGUCAUGGCUGCGGCUGCUGCUAUUGUCGGCAAGCUCGCUGAUGUCCGACAGUUGACAGAGUACAAGGCCAGCCCUCAUAUUGAAGCUUUCAGAGCCAAUGGUUCGUCAGGAAAGGCACACGUCGAUGAGAGUGUCGAAGAAGACGAUGUUGCCAAGGAGAAAAUUACCGACCAACCCGAGGACAGCUCACCGUCUGUUAACUCUCUUGUCACGGAAGCGUCCGGUUCUCAAGGUCUCCCGAAAUUCCUUGUCCACAGGGGAAUUGCUGCCCCACUGGACCGAGCGAACGUCGACACUGACGCCAUUAUCCCCAAACAAUUUCUUAAGACUAUUAAGCGAACGGGUCUCGGCUCUGCUCUCUUCUAUGACUCGAGACGCAAUGAUGACGGCUCGCCAAACCUCGACUUCGUCCUCAACCAAGAACCUUGGACAAACGCCAAGAUCCUAGUCUGCACGGGCGCUAACUUUGGUUGCGGUAGCUCCCGAGAGCACGCCCCAUGGGCCUUGAAUGACUUCGGUAUUCGAUGUGUAAUCGCUCCUUCUUUUGCCGAUAUAUUCUUCAACAAUACCUUCAAGAACGGUAUGCUGCCUAUUGCCAUCAAGAAUCAAGCCGAGAUCGAGAAGAUUGCCGCCGAGGCACGCCAAGGCAAGGAAAUCGAGGUCGACCUACCGAACCAGGUCAUCCGAGACACUGAUGGUAAUGAGCUCUGCAAGUUCGACGUUGAGGAAUUCCGCAAGCACUGUUUGACCAACGGUCUUGACGACAUCGGUUUAACUCUCCAGCUCGAAGACAAGAUUGUCGACUAUGAGCGCAAAGCUUCAAUCAAGACCCCUUGGGUCGAUGGUACGGGAUACCUGAAGCGCAAGGGCCAGGGCGGUCGCUUAGCUGCCAAGCCUGUACCCGUUCCAUCAACGAAUCGUGGACAGGAGCUAAAGGACCCUAUUGAUUGGUGAAGGAACAUUAAAUGAAAUGGAACACGAAAAGGUGGGAGAGGAGUUCUGUGGAUUCAAGUGCUCAUUUGCACGGGUUUGGCGUUUGCUGCUAGGAAAAUUAUCGGUUUUCCACUUCGGAUUUCUCAUGCUAGGCUAUGACAUAUGUCGCCUGUACCAUGCUGCGAUAUGCUUUAAUGUGCUCGACGAUGAAUUUAUGAUAGUGGUGGCUGCAGUUAUGGUUUUAUAAAGCAUUCACAAUCAGACUCAGUCUGCAAUGGAACGAAUAUAAGACAUUUCGAUUCCAAAA